AUGUACCACCGCCGCAUCACAAACAUCGCAGUCAGGGACGAGUUCUAUGGCGAAGACGGUCCUCACAUCUAUUACGGACCAAGUGACCCGCGCUACAUCCAUGCUACGAUCGCCAUAUCCACUGCCCUGGACAUCCUCAACCACCCAGUAACCCGAGGAAUCCUCACCCAAAUGGCCAUGACCCACGACAACAACAAAACUCACUUCAACCGGUUCAAUGGAAGCAAGUGGUUCGCCGCCCGCGCCGUGGACAUGUUCCUCGACAAGAUCAGCCGUGAUUUCCCCGUCUUCACGAUCGAUCAGAACUUGACCCAUCCGGGGUGCUUCGCCUACCACACUAGGGAUCCCUGGCAGGGGACUCUGGAGUCGUGGAACCCGACACACGACAGUAUUUCGCUCAAUGCAGCGAAGUUCGCAGCCAUGCUUCGAUCGGCGCAUAACCGACAGGCAUACAUGGAGUGGCAGUUCAUGUUCGCUACGGUUAUCGUCCACGAGGUAGGCGGCCACAUGCUCACCACGUAUCUCGGGAACGGCGGAUCCGAUACCCCCCCUGCCUUCGCUGUCCCAGGGUAUCAGGAUGGACAGCGGGCUGGCGAGGCCGGUAGGUUUCUGGAGACUCAGCUGUUCGGUGGAGCUCUAGAGUGGUUUGUGGAUGUCGGGGAGAUGGAUGCAGAGAGAGGAUUCCCCUUCCUUAUCAGUUCCGACCGACAUGUCCGCAGAAUCCACCCUGUUGUAUUUAGUCAGAUCACGGCUGGGAGCUACGAACUCAAUUCCCCAUCCUUCAAUCCAUUCCCGCUCACAACCACAGGACCCAUACUCAUGCGCCGCGACCUCGAGACCAUAGGCAGCGACAUCCCCCUACCACCGCACAUCGAGUUCGAUCUCGACUACGACAUGAUAGCCCAGCAGCCGGAUCAGGAGUCCGUCGAUCUGGACCAAGACCGCCGUGGGUAUAGCGUCAGUACUGUCAGUAUUCGGGAGGUCGACUCUGACCGCGGCCGGAACUCAGAGAAACAACCUCGCGCGCCCUGGUCUUUCAAGGCGAAGUUUGCGCCACUGAUGGGUAGGAUUGCCCGUGCCACUCGCGAUACCCAGGGACUUCGCCUUACCAGCAGAAAGCUUCAACGAUCUUAA